CAAGCAAUUUACGUUCCAACAGAGAAGUGGUUGCUAAAAAUUUGUCCUUUUUGCUGUUUUCUAAGUGUUUUCAAAACCAUAUCUUGGCAUACGAGAGUUUAUUUAUCGUAGAAUGGCAGAAGGAGGUUUUGCGGGUGAAACACGCGGCCUUUCUCGAUCUUUGGAGAAAAUGUGCAUGAACACGCCAGUCGGAAAGAAGGCAUCGAAACGCAAUGCCGACUUGGAAAACUAUUCAUCGGCACCGUUGAGCCCUCCACAGACUGUUGACAUAAAGCAGAAGCGAGAAAGAAGUGAAUCGUUGAUGUUAUGUCAAACAAACCAUUUGUUGGCUACAAAGCGAAGGUUACGAAGCCGAUCCAGGCUUGGAUUGGGACCUGAGGAAAUACCUUCAGCGUUCAUGAGUCCGCCUUGCAGCAAUAAACCUCGAGAACGAACCCACAGCCGAUCUCAAAGCCAGAAUGAAAGAUUGUUUGGUUAUCCUGAAGACUUUGCCAAGCAUUUACCGUUUAAUGUCGAGGCUAGCUCGGUUUAUAUGACCCCAUGCACACAACCAAGGAAACCAUUGCAAAGUAAAGAUAUGAACACACUAAAAGAAUCUGAAAAUUUCUCGAUAAAUGAAGGUCGUUUAAGCGCAAAUAUCGACUAUCCAAGCGAUGAAAGUAGUGAUGAAGAUACAUGCUCAGGUCUAGAAGAUAACACUAGACUCAAGCUGAAUUUUGACCAGUGUGCUUCUGAUGGCAAGAUGGAGGGAAACCAGGGUAGCACACCUUACCCUUUCAAGAUCAUUGGUAGACGUAUGAUGGAAAAGAAAACAGAUUUUAUUAAAGAACUUGUAAAUAUGAAUUGCGAGGAGAUUUGCAAGCAGAUCUUCAGCUAUUUGGAGCCACGGGAUCUGCAAAGGGUUGCUUCUGUGUCAAAGCUGUGGAGGAAAAUUUGUAAGAAAGAUCGGAUCGCCUCACCAAGACUUGAUCAGUUCAUUUCUGGUCGAAUGCAACAUGUGAUGCGCAAAGGAAAGGAAAAUCUUGGCCAUCACACUAAGUUCGAUUAUUCCGUUCCACAACGGACACCAUUUUCAGUGAAGGACCAUAACACAAUAUGGACUCCAGAAGAUAAACAAUCAACUGCGGGAAUUGGGGCAGUGAAAACUAACAUAAUGUCAACAUUUGAACGCAUGAAAUGUCCCAUGUGUGGUUCACCUUCGAGAAAGACUGACAACAACACGUGUGAGUGUGCUGAAUGCCAAGAAAUCUUUUGUGCCUUAUGCCAGAAAAAAGUUGAUAAAAAUCACAAAACAGGCAAGUGUCAGAUGAAAAUAAACAAUGUGAAAAAGAGAAAACAGGCUAUUGGAUCAAAAAAGAGCAAAGAUCGACUAAAAAGAUUCUAGUUAUAUCUAUUUGCAAUUAACUUUAUGUUAGUGUAGGUAGGAAUAUUUAAAAAUAUUAUUUAGCUGUACUGUAGGUAGAAUUAUAGUUAUAUUUUUGUAGUUAUAUUUAAAAUUUGCCAAACAAAAUUAACUGUCAUCGUUCAGAUGUGUAGCAUACACCCUGAUUUAGGAGUCACAGAAUGCUUGAAUGGUGAAAUAUUCUUUUAGA